CCCCACUUCUUAUUGGCUGUUGGGUGUAAGGAAAGGUCACGUCACGGGCAGAGUCCCCUGCCUCGGCUUCCUAUUGGUGUUAUCGUUCCCCGCGGGCCGGCGGUGGCUCCCGUUCUAUGAGAGGAGGAAAGUGUGAAGAUGGCGAAGACCUACGACUACCUGUUCAAACUGCUGUUGAUCGGGGACAGCGGGGUCGGGAAGACAUGUCUGCUCUUCAGGUUUAGCGAGGACGCGUUUAAUACAACCUUUAUCUCCACCAUCGGCAUUGACUUUAAAAUCCGCACCAUAGAAUUAGAUGGAAAGAAGAUUAAACUUCAGAUCUGGGACACUGCAGGACAAGAGAGGUUCCGCACAAUUACCACAGCAUACUAUAGAGGGGCAAUGGGGAUUAUGUUGGUGUAUGAUAUCACCAAUGAAAAGUCAUUUGAUAAUAUAAAAAAUUGGAUAAGAAACAUUGAAGAACAUGCGUCAUCGGACGUGGAGAGGAUGAUUCUGGGCAAUAAAUGUGACAUGAAUGACAAGCGGCAAGUGUCCAGAGAAAGAGGGGAGAAGCUUGCAAUUGAUUAUGGUAUCAAGUUCCUAGAGACGAGUGCAAAGUCCAGCAUUAAUGUUGAGGAGGCCUUUUUCACUCUUGGUCGAGAUAUUAUGACAAAACUCAACAGAAAAAUGAAUGAAAGCAGCUCUCCAGGUGGUGGUGGGCCUGUAAAAAUAACAGAGAAAUCCACAAAGAAAAGCAGUUUCUUUCGUUGUGUGUUACUUUGACGAACUGUAGCAUGCGGCAGAAAGAAAAGAGAUGGACUAUGGCAGACCUGAUUGACUGGCUUCUCGCCAAGCGCAGGUGCUGCAAAGGCCUCUGGGAGAGAAAAAAACAUGCUGUUUGCUGAAAGCUCCAGAUAUGGGACAGUUGCCGACGUGGGUUUCUGGAGUGGAAGAUUGUGAAAAGCCUUCUCAUACCUACGGAAUGAAAACGCAGGAACAAAGAGACAAGUGUAAAAUAGCAAAAUCUUAAAUUUCCCCCUCCUAUUUUAUUUUUCUUGUAAAGGGUGUAGACCUUCUCAGAAUGUAUGCAUUUUUGCCUCUGUUCAAUAAGCCAUUAUAGUUUAAACUUUGUUUCUAUACGUUUGGAUUUCGAAGAAACCAUGCUAUUUUGUUUAAAGUUUUAAGUAUGUAUUAUGUCUGGAAGGUGCAAGGUGGCCAUUAUUUUAUUUCAUGGUAGUCCUUGAAAACCAUUUAACUUUCUAAGAUCUGCAAAUCCGGCUUGCUGCCUGUUUACUGAUCAAGCACAAGUGUUGAUAGAUGCAGGAUAGUGAAAUAUGUGGGAUUUAGGGUUCUGACAAGAGUAAGAUCAGUUUGCAAAGCAAUGUUGUAUCAUUGAUGAUGCUCUCACAAAGCAGGGAAAUUUGGUUUCAGAGGUUAAACCUUUUUAUGUUUCUGAAAUGUAGCCAUAUUUAAUAGUGAAACUGAUGCAUCAGAAAUGCUAAUAUAACAAUGGGGAAGUUAAGAAAGUAUGUUUGAAUGUGUAUAAUACAUUUUAAAGCAGCCCUAGACCAUACGUUGUAGUUAUAAGAGCAAGUUAUACAUUCACCCAUGUGGCACUUUGUAUUCCUGUUGUCCAAAUGAAUCCAAUAACUGAUUGUACUCCAUGAAUAAAGAUGCAAACCUA